AUGCCUGACCGACAUGGUGUUCUUCAAGCCUUGCGGGAGCUGCCCUUGGAUGAGCAGCACAAGGUCUUGGAAGAAUUGCUCAGCUUGAAGCCACUGGGUGCCGCUUUGGAGGCUUGGUGUGACCAAGACUUCUCGCCAUGUGGCAGUGCAGAUCGCCCUCGGGGGAGAUCGUGGGCUGUGCCACUGCAUUGGACUGGUGCUGUCUCUGAACAGAAUGUUACUGGAUGCCCUUGGUGUCGUCGGCCAGUGGCCAUUGCAGCCCAGCUUGCUAUGGACGUGCCAGCCAGAGAUGGAAAUAGAUAUGCAUAUGCGACGCUGUUGUAUGGCCCGGCAUGCCACAAGUACUUCUUGGGUGCCCUGGUGCUUGGGGAAGGUCUUCAACGCUAUGGCAGUGGUAUCACUGCAUUGUUGAUGCAUACACCAGAUGUUCCAAAGAGGUACCUUGAAGCCCUGUCCGCCGCGGGGUGGCUUUGCAGAGAGGUGGAAUAUUUGAGCAAAGUUGCUUGGGCACUGUUCAAGAAUUGGCAAACAAGCCGCUUUAUUGAUGUCUUCACAAAGCUUAGGGUGCUGGAGCAGGAGGACUUCGAUAAAGUCCUCUUUCUGGACUUGGACUUGUUGGUGCGUGAUGGCGGUGAGUCUUUGGCCAAACUUUUUCAUCUUCGGCCGCCAGCAGCCAUGAAGCGCGGUCCUCCCAUUCCAUCCCAUGGUGAUCCCGUGCCUUAUGGAUUGAUAUGGGGUCAUCCAACCAGACGUCAAGGAGAUGAGUUACCGCAACACCAGCAGGCUUCGGGGAUCAAUGCAGGCGUCAUGCUACUGCAACCCAGCAAGUCUGUGCUUCAUGAAAUGAUGUCGGAGGUUCAUGACUAUGACCAUCCCCAACACUAUGGCACUUACAUGCCUGAACAGGAGUACAUCUCCCGGUUCUAUGGGACUUUUGAUCUCUGGACGCAUGUGUCUUGCAACUUCAAUUUUGAGAUCGACAAGAACGAGAGGAUUCCUCAUGACUUCACCAAUGCGCAUGAAGAAGUUCGAAAUGGUGGAUCUGUGGGGCAUAGCGGCGCGGUGAUUCUGCACUUCUCAGGUUGUAGGGUAAAACCUUGGGAUUUGCUGUUUGACGACUGCGACGCACUUCGGACGACCUCUGCAGAAGGCAUUUUGCAGCUCUACCAAGAAGUCUGCAAAGAGGGCCCUAAAGAUCGACUCAGAGGCUACAAGGAUGAGGGCAGGAUCUGGGACGCCAUGCUGGAAUGGCUGGGUCAAUUUCGAGAUGUUUCGCAACGCCUUGUGAAGCAGCAAAUCGACGUCAUGCAAUUGCUGGAGCAGGUGAUCCUGCAGACCAGGGUGCAAAGCUCUCCCCGAGGCUCCACUCCGAUGGAAGGAUAA